GCUGAUAUGAAAGAAAUAUUAUUCAAUGAUUUUAAGGCAAGUUACUAUAAUCUUUUAUCUUUAUAUUACAUUUACUUAUCAUUAAUUUUGAUAAAUUUGUAUUGGUGUAGAAUAAGUACCGAUUUGCAUCAGAUUAUGAUCGUAGCAUGGCAAGAAAGGUUUGGAAUUUAACAUGAAUGGAUCGCUAUUCUGACUCUUUAGCUAAGGCAAGAAAAAAGGCAAGAGAAAGAGCAAACUCAGAUAAUAUAGAAGACUUAAAAGGUUUUGGGCCAAGAGGAAUAAGGACUGAGAUGUGGGACGCUUUAAUUGACAUAUGGAUGACACAAUACUGGAAAAAGAAAUUUAUUGCUGGUAAAAACAAUAGGGCUGCCAAGCCAGAGGCUAUGGUGCGCACUAGAGGGUCAAUAAGCUUUGGACAACACUUGAAAAAGAUGGAGGCGGAGCGUAAUGGGUCUGUUUCUUAUGGUGAACUAUACAACAAAGUUCAUAAAAAAAAAGACGGUCAAUAUGUUUCCAAUAAAGAAAAAAAUUUCAUUGAAUCAUAUGAAAGUGCUAUGGUAGAAAAAUAUGGAGAAGAUGUAUCAAAGCAUCCUAAAGUUGAUUCUGAAGUAUGGAUGAAAAUGGGAGGUGAAAAUAAGAAAGGUAGAAUUCACGGUAUCGGUCGUAGCUUGGAACUUGCCAUCAUCAAUGUGAAUGGUUCAUCUUCAUCAGUUGUAGGUCCUUCCACAAAUCCAAGUCAUGCAUCUCCAACUGAAGAAAUCACUGCAAUAGCUACACAAAUGUCUCAAAUGCAACAACAGAUGCAGACACAGUUAGAUUUACAAACUGAAUCUCAAAAGCAACUACAGAUAGAGUUACAAGCACAAAUAGAGGCACAUGCACAACAGGUGCAAGCUCAGUUGAAAGCACAAGCAAAUAUGCAUGCACAAUUUCAAGCACAAUUCCAAGCACAAAUACAAGCACAAAUGCAAGCACAAGUAGAAAUGCAAAAACUUUUACAGCAACAAAUGCAUACACAAAUGCAAACACAGAUGGAGUUUUUCAAGACACAAAUAUUUCCUGCUUUAAAGAUAUCAUCACCACCGUCUGUCAAGAAACAUGGCGAGAACAAAAUAUGA